AUGCCUAAACCAAUUACAAUCCCAUGCUUGAUACGGUCACCUCGUACAACGUUCUCCCUCAUUCCCUCCUUUUCACCCACAAAUGAACACAUAUGCAAUUACAACACCAUAGACGAUCUAAAUGUCAUUAACAAUGUAUGUGAAGAUGCCCAUAGAGGCUACAAAGCCUGGUUUCUGAGACCCUUUGCCGACAGAAGCGAGGUGCUAAGAGCAGCUGCUGAUUUGGUGAAGAAAAAUAAGGAAAACUACGUCGAUGCUCACAUGGCUAUUGGCGCUGGAAGGCAAUUUGCAGAGUUGAUAGCCGGAUUGGCCCAUAAGAUUAUUUUGGAGCAUGCGAUGCCCAUCUCGAGGCCUGAUGGAGAGGUCUUGAAAAGCGUCAUGAGUCAAUUGGCACUCACAGUGAGGUCCCCAGUUGGGCCAGUUCUCUCCAUUGCUCCUUGGAAUGCUCCUACGGUUCUUUGGGCGAGAGCCAUAGCGGCCCCUUUGGCUGCUGGUUGCUCUGUGGUGGCGAAAGCGCUGGAGAAGAACCCAGUUACUUCCUAUCUUUUGGCGAAGGAUUUCCAUGAGGCUGGUGUGGAUGUUGAUGCCUUGCAGGUCGUUCAGUUUGCUCCAAAAGAUCAACCUGAGGCUACCAAGAGACUUAUAGAGCAUAGAAGAAUUAAGAAGAUGAACUUUACGGGGUCUACUCAGCUCGGUUCCAAGCUCUCUGAAAUUGCUGGCAGCGUCUUGAAGCCUACAUUGAUGGAAUUAGGCGGAAAGAAUGUUCAGAUCGUAACUCCAGAUGCUGACUUAGAGAAGGCUGCAAAUGCUCUGCUCUUCAGCGCUUGGCUCCACAACGGCCAAGUUUGCAUGUGUUUGGACAACUGCUUCGUCCACAGCAGUGUUUACAAGGACUUCAUGAAGAUUCUAAUAAAGAAGGCAAAGGAGAUGGCCAACAGCGAAGUUCCGUUCAGGGAUAUGGAAGGUGCUGAGAAAGUUCACCGGUUGGUGUCUGACGCCUUAAAAAAAGGUGCCCAGACUGUCUUUGGCAAUCAUAGGCCUCUUGACAGUGUGUUUAUGCUGCCACUAAUCUUAUCCAAUGUGAACCCCUCCAUGAGUAUCUACUAUGAGGAGACAUUCGGCCCCGUUUUGUCUGUAAUGAGCUACAACAAUAUAGAAGAGGUAAUUGACGAAGUCAAUGACUUGAAAUUUGGGUUAAAGACAUCUAUUUGGUCUAGAGAUGUGAUGAAGGCGAUUUCCACAGCAAAGGAAAUCGACAGUGGUGCAAUUCACAUCAACGGCUCUACAAUGCAUGAUGAGGCGACUGUCCCUCACGGAGGCGUCGGCCAGAGUGGUUUUGGUAGGUUUAACAGCAAGUGGGGUGUGAACGAGUUCUCUUUUGAAAAGGUCAUCACGGCGAACUCAUGA